UUGGCAUUCCCCCUAUUUGAACAAGCGUUUAAUAGUGGGGAUAACAAGUCGCCAUUUGCAAUUUGGAUAAUCGCAGGGACUGCCGUGAAAUUCUCUUAAAAACCAUGGGUGUACAAAUCGAAAAUAUUGCGGGAGGCGAUGGCCAGACUUUCCCAAAAACUGGACAAACUGUUGUCGUGCACUACACUGGAACAUUGCAAAAUGGUACCAAGUUUGAUUCCUCCCGUGACCGUGGAGUACCAUUCAAGUUUCGCAUUGGAAAGGGAGAAGUUAUCAAGGGAUGGGAUGAAGGUGUAGCUCAAUUGAGUGUUGGACAAAGAGCUAGACUCAUUUGCUCCCCUGACUACGCUUACGGAUCCCGUGGCCAUCCAGGAAUUAUCCCACCAAACGCCACAUUAAUCUUCGAUGUAGAAUUACUUAAAGUCGAGUAAUUUAUUUUGCGCGCAACUAAAUUAAUGAGUCCUUAUUCAUCAAUUAUCUCUUUGUAAUUACUUAACACACAAUCCAUUUUGCAUUUGAUUCCCUGUCUUAUACAAACUAAACAACAAUUAGUUCAUAAAAGGUUACUUACUGUUCAUAGAUAUAUUAUUUUAUAUCGAUAAGAUGAGUUUAUGUUGGAUAACGCGUUUAUAAGAUUGAAUAUUUCUUUCCUUUUUGUAAUGAUAACAAUAACAAAUACUGCAUUUAUGUUUCUCUACCGUUAUUUUUAUAAUGAGUAAAGUGAUGGUGUAUUGCAUCACACAUGGUUCCAGUUUCAUUACUCAGGCAUAACUUCCUCUUCUUUCUUGCAUGUAUAGAGAAUAACUGCUUAAUCUAGAGAGACUCGAGCUUUGAUGUUCUAUGAAUUUAAAGAAACGUGUUUGUGUAAUGUGAAUGUCCCAUAAAAAAAAAAUAUAAAUAAAGAAUUGUCAAAGAA